AUGAGUUACAUAAAGGACGCCUACACACUCAGUACCACGAACAGGGGUCAACGCAAGACAGAGAUAAAAAUAGCGGAGCUAAAGGAUGAUCAAAAGGCGAGGGACGCGAGAAGAAAAGAGCGAAAAGAUGCAGAAAAAAAGGAAAAUGAUAGGCUCCACCAAAAUUUUUCGGUCAGGAGGAGAGAUACCGGAAAAAGAACUAUCGAAAAGCCUCGCCUAGAAGCUGCGAGAAACUGUGAUUUAGCGACAAACAGGCGGACAAGGAUGAAUGCAGAGGAUGAUGCUUAUGAUACGCGGAAUGAAGAUCUCGAGCGUCGUGAAAGAAGGGUACGGAAAGGGGAAAUGAGAAAAGAUUCACCCGAUUUGCAAAGCCGCGAUGGGGAAAGUGAGAAUGAAAGGAGGUCGGGAGCUGGAAACGGUUCCGAAAGAAGUGAUGCUCCUCCACGAAAUGAAAGAACUCCUCGUGCAUCAGUUGCCGGUUCCGAAAGAAGUGAUGCUCCUCCACGAAGUGAAAGAACUCCUCGUGCAUCAGUUGCCGGUUCCGAAAGAAGUGAUGCUCCUCCACGAAGUGAAAGAACUCCUCGUGCAUCAGUUGCCGGUUCCGAAAGAAGUGAUGCUCCUCCACGAAGUGAAAGAACUCCUCGUGCAUCAGUUGCCGGUUCCGAAAGAAGUGAUGCUCCUCCACGAAAUGAAAGAACUCCUCGUGCAUCAGUUGCCGGUUCCGAAAGAAGUGAUGCUCCUCCACGAAAUGAAAGAACUCCUCGUUCAUCGGUUGCCGGUUCCGAAAGAAGUGAUGCUCCAAGAAAACAUAGAAGUUCUAAUGAUCCAUCAGUUGCCGGUUCCAAAACGAGCAAGGUUCCAAGAGAACAUAGAAGCUCUAAGGAUCCAAAUAUUGGGAGUGUUAAGGAUCGGGGUGCAAGUGUUUGGAAAGAGGAUCUGUAA